AUGAGCGCGGUGGGCGUGCGGAUGCUGACCCGCAGCCGGAGCGGGGGGCCCGGGGCCCGGCCGCAGCGCGGUGGGGAGGAGGCCGCGCCGCUCCGGGGCGGAGAGGCGGCUGCAGAAGGAGGGCGACGCCCCGAGCCUGCGAGGUGUCCGCGGAGGGCGCGCAAACUGAAGGUGGCCUACGAGGCCUCGGCCGGGGAGAAAGGAGCGGGCGCCGAGCCCCUUGCGGCGCCGGGCUGGGAGCCCCGGGACUGGCGGCUGCACCUGGCGAACGUGCGCGCCAUGAGGAGUGGGAAGGACGCGCCUGUGGACCAGCUGGGAGCUGAGUGCUGCUAUGACCCCAGCGCACCCCCAGAGGUGCGGAGGUACCAGGUGCUGCUGUCGCUCAUGCUCUCCAGCCAGACCAAAGACCAGGUGACCGCCGGCGCCAUGCAGCGGCUGCGGGAGCGGGGCCUGACCGUGGACAGUGUCCUGCGCACAGACGACAGCACGCUGGGAGCGCUCAUCUACCCGGUGGGCUUCUGGAGGAGCAAAGUGAAGUACAUCAAGCAGACCACGGCCAUCCUGCGGCAGCGCUAUGGAGGGGACAUCCCGGCGUCUGUGGCUGAGCUGGUGGCUCUGCCAGGGGUGGGGCCCAAGAUGGCACACCUGGCCAUGGCUGUGGCCUGGGGUACCGUGUCAGGCAUCGCAGUGGACACACACGUACACAGAAUCGCCAAUCGACUCAGGUGGACCAGGAAGACCACAAAGUCCCCUGAGCAGACACGCAAGGCUCUGGAGGAGUGGCUGCCCAGGGAGCUGUGGGGCGAGAUCAACGGACUGCUGGUGGGCUUCGGCCAGCAGACCUGCCUACCCACGCGCCCACGCUGCCAGGCCUGCCUCAACCGGACCCUGUGCCCAGCCGCCCGGGGCUCUGAGGGCUGAGCGGGCCAUGCUGUCGUGACGCGCCUUUGUGGGAACACGUAGCCUGUUUGUAAUAAAGCUUGGGGUUGUUUGCAGUCGGGUCUGGCUCUUGUCU